UUCAUGCCGAGCCCACGACGAAAAAGAAAACCCUUUUUCAUUCUCAAAAUCUAUCUCCUUCCGCAAUUGCUCCAUCCCUCCCUCUCUCUCUCUCUCUACACGAGCUGUCGUUUUGCAUCACGACCUCUCUUCCGCAGAGAUCUCUCAGAAGUACAAUGAGAGACAUUAUCUCUUGCUUCAGCGAGGACUCGAUCAGUUUCUCCAACCCAUCAUGCUCCCACCCUUCAAAGAACGCUUUCAUCUCUCCCUCCCCUCUUCCUUCGCUCCAAAAUGCAGUCACCUGCGUCUACAGAACCAUCCUCUCCAAGCACAGGAAGCACCUCUUGAUCACCAUCUCCUGGUUCACCACGCAGGCGGGUCACCGCGACGUGAUCAUGAGCUUCGACCACGAUCCGUCUUCUUCCUUCCAGCUCGGCACCAAUUCGGGCCUGUUCAGGAAGAGCAGGAGCCACCACAGGAAGGUGGAGCACCGGAAUUCUGAGGUGGAAGUCUUCUGGGACUUUUCGAAAGCCGUGUAUGAGACGGGGCCGGAACCUGUGGAUGGGUUCUAUGUGCUGGUCACGGUUGAUUCUGAAUUGGGUCUUGCUCUUGGUGACCUGGCAACGCAAGAAGCCAUCUGCAAGAAGCUCAAGGUAUGUGGAAGCGGGGAUACACCGAAAUUCUCUUUAGUUUCGAGGCGAGAGAAUUUGUCGGGGGACUCGAUGUACAGCACCAAGGCCAGGUUCGGCAAGACGGGCAUCGUGCAUGAUGUGCUGAUCAAGCACAGAGACGAGAGCGAGGGGCAGACGCAUCCGGUCCUAUGCGUUUACGUCGACAAGAAGAUCGUGCUGAAAGUGAAGAGGUUGCAGUGGAACUUCCGGGGGAGCCAGACGAUUUUCGUGGACGGCUCGGCGAUCGACCUGUUGUGGAACGUGCACGACUGGUUCUUCGGCCCGGGCACCCGAUGCGCGACCUUCAUGUUCAGGACGAGGAGCGAAACGUCGGCGGCAGCGGCCGCGACGACGGCUUACGACCACGAAAGGCUCUGGUUGGAAGAGAAGUUGGUGAUGCAGGAAGAGGAAGAAUGUCACGGAAGCGAAUUUUCUCUAUUGAUAUGUGCAAGAAAGAGCACAUGACAAGAGACCAUUUCAAAAAUGUGUAGCUUUGGGAUUCUCUUCAAGUCCCAACCAGGUGAUCGAACUGUAAUUUGUGAUCUUUCUUCAUCUGUCUCACAUUACAUAUUAAAGAAGGUAAAGAAAUACUUUUGAAUUAGCUUUGUCUUUUUAGGCAAACGAGGAAGGUGCUGAUGGAAAUAAUUUUUCCUUGUUACAUCUUGAUUCGUUUUAUUCUUUUUGUGCAGAGGUGAGGUGUUAGUGUAGAAUAUACAAUGAUUGGUCUC